UUGUGUCUCUCUAUUCUUCACCUGAGAGAACUAGGGCAUCGAUUGUGUUCUUCUUCUUCUAGAUUGAUCGGCAGCUCGAAGUCGCAUCCUUGUGUUUCGAUUGCCGUCCGGUGGAAUUGGGAUUGUUGCGGGGAAUCUCCAGUUGAGCAGUUGAGUAUGGGGGGCGGCGAUGCUAAUGUUGCGGGGAACAACGACGGGGACAAUUCGAAGAACAACGAGAAUAGCGCGGCCGCCGCCUGCGGGUCUGAUGGCGAAGCUGUGAAUAUCAACAUCCGCUGCUCCAACGGCUCCAAAUUCUCAGUGCAGGCCACCCUCGAUUCUUCCGUCGGAUCCUUCAAGUCCCUCCUCGCUCAGCACUGCGACAUCCCCUCUGAGCAGCAGCGUUUGAUCUACAAGGGUCGGAUCUUAAAGGAUGAGCAAACCCUAGACAGCUACGGUUUGAAGGCAGAUCACACUGUUCAUUUGGUUCGUGGCUUUGCUCCAGCUACCUCUACAAAUAAUGCAGGCGCAACUUCUCCUGGAGCUCCAAAUACUAACCAAAAUGCGUCAAGGGAUGCUGCUCCAAAUGUUGGUGGAGCAUUUGGAGGAUCAGGCCCUGGAGCUUCAUUAUUUCCUGGGCUUAAUUUGAAUGGACUUGGAAGUGGUGGUGGUGGUGGAUUAUUUGGAGCUGGACUUCCGGAUUUUGAACAAGUACAGCAACAGUUGAAUCAAAACCCCAACAUGAUGAGGGAUAUCUUGAACAUGCCUCUUGUUCAGAAUCUAAUGAAUAACCCAGAAGUUAUCCGCAACUUGAUCAUGAACAAUCCUCAGAUGCGGGAGAUCAUGGAUCGUAAUCCAGAGCUUGCUCACAUACUAAAUGAUCCUGCCACUCUACGGCAAACCAUGGAGGCUGCACGAAACCCUGAGCUCAUGCGUGAGAUGAUGCGUAAUACUGACAGGGCAAUGAGCAAUAUUGAAUCUUCCCCAGAGGGAUUUAACAUGCUCAGGCGCAUGUAUGAAACUGUCCAAGAGCCAUUCCUGAAUGCAACUACCAUGGCUGGGGAUGCGAGAAGUGAUGUGGGGUCAAACCCUUUUGCUGCGCUUCUGGGAGUCCAGGGUGGUGGGCAAGGUAAUCCUCCAAGAGCUGGUUCUGAAGCCACUACCAAUCCUCCUGCUCCUAAUACUAAUCCGCUUCCUAAUCCUUGGGCCUCUGCUAGCGCUGGAGCUGAACAGACUAAUACCACCGCUAGGUCAACCCCUGCUGCUGGGGAAGCUAGGGUAGCUCCACUUGGUGGCUUAGGUGGACUUGGUUUACCAGACCUUCUGGGUGGUAUGCCAGAUCCCAAUGCAGUAAAUCAGUUGAUGCAGAAUCCUGCUAUCUCACAGAUGAUGCAGUCUAUGCUCUCCAACCCUCAGUACAUGAACCAGAUUCUUGGCCUCAACCCACAACUGCGAAGCAUGCUUGACUCCAAUUCCCAACUGAGAGAGAUGAUGCAAAACCCUGAAUUCAUUCGUCAAUUAACUUCCCCUGAGACAAUGCAGCAACUGUUAACAUUUCAGCAAUCACUUAUGUCCCAAUUGGGUCGACAGCAGACAAAUCAAGAAACUGGCCCAAACUGUGGAAGGCCAGAUAUGCUGAUGAAUAUGUUUGGUGGACUCGGGACAGGUGGCUUGGGUGUACCCAACAGACCUAAUGUUCCACCCGAGGAACUGUAUGCCUCUCAGCUGGCACAACUACAAGAAAUGGGGUUCUUUGAUACUCAAGAAAACAUAAGGGCUCUGAUAGCUACUGCAGGGAAUGUUCAUGCUGCAGUGGAGCGUCUUCUAGGAAACCCCGGUCAAUAGGCUCGGCUGUGUUGGUAUAUUCUGUUCAGUGCGACAAUAUAUACCUUGUGUUGGGGAUUGGACACAACGCAUAUGAAAUCUUAGUUUAAAAAUAAAAAAAAUUUAAAAAAUAGUGAUUUUUGGAACCCUUGAGCCCCGUCGUCGUCCCCUAUUCCCAUUUCUAUAGACCUCAAGUAAAAUUAUGGUGGAACCAAAGUUCUUGAAUUCCUUGUACAUGAUGAUGUUAAGUUUUUCUUCCUUCACCUAUUUGUUCUUGUGCGACUUUCCGAACAUGAAAGUUCAUUCUGAAUAUUAAUGCUUCUUACUAUCUCAUAUUUAUGAAUUUCACCUUAUUUAA